GCUCUCCUCCUCUUAAAAAUUAUAAUCCCUUUUCUGUUCUUUUCUUUUCUUUUCUUUCACUCUCACUCUCACUCAUCACAUGCUCAAAAAUCUCACACUUGUUCCUCAUCAUGCCGCUGCUCUUUCUUCUACUACUAUUUCUCACCGCCACCGCCAUAUCCGCCGGAGACCUCCCGGGUUUCAGAGAAGCACCUGCAUUUCGAAACGGAAAAGAAUGUCCUCGAAUAGUGCGGUCCUCGCUGGACAACCCGUCGAUGAUCCACAUCGCGAUGACGCUAGACGAGACCUACCUACGUGGCUCCGUCGCCGGAGUAUUCUCCGUCCUCCAACACGCCUCCUGUCCGGAAAACAUCGUCUUCCACUUCAUCGCUUCUCGCCUAUACAGCCACAACAACAACCUCCGCCACGUCAUCACUUCAACGUUUCCGUACCUGAGUUUCCACCUCUACCUCUUCGACUCCAACUUAGUGAAAGGCAAGAUCUCCUACUCCAUUCGACGCGCUCUCGAUCAACCUCUCAACUACGCCCGGAUCUACCUAGCGGAUCUGGUUCCCUCCGCCGUUCGGCGAAUCAUCUACUUCGAUUCCGAUCUCAUCGUCGUAGAUGACGUGGCUAAGCUCUGGAACAUCAAUUUAGGUAAGCAUGUGGUGGGAGCGCCAGAGUAUUGUCACGCGAAUUUCAGUCACUACUUUACCCAAGAGUUUUGGUCAAGGCCGGUAUUGGCGGCGUCGUUAAAGGGGAGGAAGGCGUGCUAUUUUAACACGGGGGUGAUGGUGAUAGAUAUAUGGAAAUGGAGGGAAGGGAAAUUCACGCAAAGAUUGGAAUAUUGGAUGAGAAUUCAAAAGAGGUAUAGGAUAUAUGAGCUUGGUUCAUUGCCUCCUUUUCUCUUGGUUUUCGCUGGUGACGUGGAAGGUGUUGAGCACAGGUGGAACCAGCAUGGACUCGGAGGUGAUAAUUUGGAAGGGCUAUGUAGAAACCUUCAUCCUGGUCCUGUCAGUCUUUUGCAUUGGAGUGGCAAAGGUAAGCCUUGGCUUAGACUUGAUAAUAACCGACCUUGUCCUUUGGAUACUUUAUGGUCUCCUUAUGAUCUUUUUCUUCGCCACCACUCCUCCAACUCCAACUUCAACUUCUUCUCCGAUACUUAAACCCACCCACCCACCCACCACACUUCCAAAACUAAUUACAACUAACACAUCUCUUCUUCAUUUUAUGUAAUUCCAGAUUUUUAAUUUCAUUCGUUUCGUUUCCUUUCCACUUUCUAUCAAUAUCAUCAGUUUUUGUACAGCUUGGAAUGUUGUAUUUUGUAUCAAAAUAAUUAGAUGCUCUUCUGCCUCUCGUUGACUA